AUGGCCUCCGUUAACUCUACCGGGGGCUUCACCUCGGUCCUCGCCAACUCCAAGUAUGCGAAUGUCGGCAUUCCCCCUCAACUCGAUUUUGUUAUCGAUGCUGUUUCCAAUGCCGGCAUCUGGACCUGGAUCGCCACUAUCGUCGCUGUUUGCGUCGUAUAUGAUCAGAUUAGCUACAUUAUGCAAAAGGGUUCUCUUGUUGGCCCCUCGUGGAAGAUGCCCUUUAUCGGCCCAUUCCUCGACUCUAUGGACCCCCGAUUUGACGGUUACCACGCCAAGUGGGAGAGUGGUCCCCUGAGCUGUGUUUCCAUCUUCCACAAGUUCGUUGUCAUUGCGUCCACCCGUGACAUGGCCCGCAAGGUCUUCAACUCCCCCGGAUUUGUGAAGCCCACUGUCGUCGACGUCGCUCCCAAGCUGCUUGGCCACGACAACUGGGUUUUCUUGGACGGCAAGGCCCAUGUUGAGUUCCGCAAGGGCCUGAACGGCCUCUUCACCCGCAAGGCUCUCGAGAGCUAUCUGCCCGGUCAGGAGGAGUCGUACAACACCUACUUUAAGCACUUCCUGCAGAUGACCCAGGAGGCUGGCGGCAAGCCCGUCCCCUUCAUGCACGAGUUCCGUGAGGUCAUGUGCGCCGUUUCUUGCCGCACCUUUGUCGGCCACUACAUCUCCGACGAGGCUGUCAAGAAGAUUGCCCACGACUACUACCUGAUCACCGCCGCUCUCGAGCUUGUUAACCUCCCCGUUAUUCUCCCCUGGACCAAGUCUUGGUACGGCAAGAAGGCCGCCGACAUGGUCCUCCACGAGUUUUCCAAGUGCGCUGCUAAGAGCAAGGUCCGCAUGGCUGCAGGUGGUGAAGUUACCUGCAUCAUGGACGCCUGGGUUCUGGCAAUGGUUCAGUCGCAGCGAUGGCGUGAGGCCGACGAGAAGGGCGAGGCUGAUGGCAUGGAGAAGCCCACUCCCCUCCUUCGCAUGUUCAACGAUUACGAGAUUUCCCAGACUAUCUUCACCUUCCUGUUUGCUUCUCAGGAUGCCACCAGCAGUGCCGCCACUUGGCUCUUCCAGGUCACUGCCCAGCGACCCGACGUCCUCGACCGCGUCCGAGAGGAGAACAUCAAGGUCCGCAACGGUGACCCCAACGCCGCUGUUACCAUGGACCAGCUUGAGUCCCUCACCUACACCCGUGCUGUCGUCCGCGAGCUUCUCCGAUACCGCCCUCCCGUGAUCAUGGUCCCCUAUGUCACCAAGAAGGCCUUCCCCAUCACCGACUCCUACACUGUGCCCAAGGGUUCCAUGCUGAUCCCCACCACCUACAUGGCUCUUCACGACCCCGAUGUGUACGAGAACCCCGACUACUUCGACCCCGACCGCUACUAUAAGGGUGAUGCUGAGGAGAAGGGUGCCAAGAACUACUUGGUGUUUGGUGUUGGCCCUCACUACUGCCUUGGCCAGGUCUACGCGCAGCUGAACCUCGCUCUCAUGAUCGGAAAGGCCUCGGUGAUGCUCGACUGGAAGCACCACGCUACCCCUAAAUCUGAGGAGAUCAAGGUGUUUGCCACUAUCUUCCCCAUGGAUGACUGCCCUCUUACCUUUGAGGAGAGGAAGUGGUAAAGGGUGUCUAGCGAAUGUUAUCUCACACUUGUGAGACCUUCGAACACCCUUGAUUCGACCAUCCCUUGGACUGACCCAAAAUGGUGACGAUAGACCACCUGUCUUGGGUUAUGUCAUGAUUCUGAAAAGAAGCAGAACAACAAGGAUGACUAAGAACGAAUCAGAAACAGCAUCUGGCCUUCGGUUGAACGAAACGCUGCCGGGGUAUGGAUAAGCCCGGCAGCUACUGAAGCAAGCCUCGAAAAAAGCUUGACGAGAUAAAAUGUCUCCAAGACAAGAAGACGAAAAGACAUGAUGGAUAUCAGUUGUAAUACCCUUUCGGAGUGUAAAUAGUUGAAGGCUAGGGAUUUGGGACCGCAAGGUCAUAGAAGCAUGAUGGUGGCCAGGAACAAGGCCUUUGGACAGCGAAUUAAGAAAAUGAUUUAAACUUGA